CUCCCCUUUCUCUCCAAUGGAAAAAUGAGAAAUACGGAGCCAAGCCCAGCCGCAGCCUCAUAUCCUUCUCCCUUCUCACCACACAACAGCUUCCCACACGAAAAUUCUCUUUCUUCUCUCUACAAGUACUCUCUUCUCUCGCCGGAGAACACAAAAGAAAAAGAAAGGAAAGGUAGAAGCCAACAAACAACGAACAACAAUCCAACAGCAGCCGAGAGAGAGAGAGAGAAAGAGAAAAGGAUCAAUCUUGUGGCGCAGAAGUCGGACGGGAAGAGAAGAGGAGAAGAGCGAUCAUGGCGGCGUCGGGUGGACGGGACGGCGGGAAGGGUAGUGGGAAGGGGGGCUGCGAGCUCUGCGGGGCGGCGGCGCGGGUGUACUGCUGCGCCGACGACGCGACGCUCUGCUGGGGCUGCGACGCGCAGGUGCACGGCGCAAACUUCCUCGUGGCGCGGCACGCGCGCGCGCUGCUCUGCCGCGGGUGCGCGCGGCCCACGCCGUGGCGCGCCGCCGGGCCCCGGCUCGGCCCCACGGCGUCGCUCUGCGAGCGCUGCGUCGGGCGCGGCCGCGGCGGCGGCGACGGCGAGGAAGAGGACGAGGAGAUGACCGUUGAGGAGGAGGAAGAAGAGGAGGAGGAGGAGGGCGAGGGGGAGAACCAGGUGGUGCCGUGGGCGGAGGACGCGGAGGCCACGCCGCCGCCAGUCGCCAGCUCCACGUCCAGCAGCAGCCGCGAGGCCGCCCCCAACGCCGGUCACCGCUGCGCGAAGGAGGACCUUCCGUGCUCGACGUCCCAGCCGAGCUCGUGCCGCGGCGGUCAGAGCGACGAGGCCACCUCCGCCCGGAACAGCAGCGGCGGCCGACACUUCUUCGCCUCUGGGCACAGGAAGAGAUCCACCUCGGAUUUCCUCAGCUCGGGGUCGGCGCAGUCCGGGAGCGGCCCACCAGGGAGGAAUCGCUCUACCGCGGCGAUUAGUCGAAAUGACUUUUCAUGAUGCAACUCAGAGAUGCUGAUGUAGAUGCUGAUGCUAACUGCAUUAGAUGGCAGCCACUUUGUGCAUACAAGCAUUGGGGUGAGGGUGCGUCUCUAUUCAAGAUCAUCAAACUUCUGCUGAUGCAUAGAUCCCUUGGGCGGUCGUUUCGCCACCUCCGCGAACUCAGAAUUUAUCAGGCAACCUUCCAAGAACAUGAUAUAGAGUUAGUAUUAUUCGUAACUGCAACCACUUGCUGGAACUUGUUGUAUAUGUCCCCCGCCGAGGCUACUUCCUAGUGUUUCGAUUCGGUUUCUACGAUCCGUUUGCAGAGGGCUCUUAUGUGUUGGCUAACUUCAGAAAUGAUAAUAGGUUUUGCAUUUUGCAGUCA